UUGCUGCUAUUGCUUUUGAAUUGAAAUUUUGCUGGAAUUGUAAGCUGCCUUGAGUCCCUUUGCGGGAGAAAAGCGGGGUAGAAAUUAACUAACUAAAUAACUAACUAAAUAAAUAAUUUCUUUGCCUUUGGAUACUUUUAAUUGAUUGUUUCCUAUUAGGAAAACGGGAGAAGGAAGACAUAGCGAGGGUGCCCUAGGCACCCAUUCUGAGACUACCCACCAGUUCUGCACCCACGGAUUUCACCAACCACAGCUUGAAAACAUUCCAAUAAUUAAAAAGUCAAAGAUAAUAAUAAUAAUAAUCCACAUUUCUCUAUAGCAUUGUUGGAUUGUUCCAGCUCUAGUCAACCUACUCAAGCUCUAGUCAACCUACCUUGUUGUAUGAAAGCCCAAGUCGUUUCAUGGAUCUCUGCUUCCUGGUUUAUCCUUAAAACAACCCUGUGAGGAAGGUCUGGAUUCUUUGACCACUGGUGAUACUCCAGAAAACAGGUUGUAUUGACACAGAGAAGAGCAGAAGCAUUGCUCCUUCAUCCUGUAAAUGUCAUGACAGAAUGGGGAUCUGAACACAACUCUCUUUGGCCCUCUUUCAAUAUUGUUUUAAUAUUUUGUUGCAACCUUGAUGUAUCUCAGAGGUGAGGGAACAUGUGGUUGUUUUAAGACUUGUUGGGCUGCAAUUCCCAUUAUCCCUUGCUAUUGGGAAUGCUGACUAGAGCUAGUUAGAGUUGCUCUCCAACAACAUCUGGAAGAUUAUAUUCCCCAACCCUGAUGCGCUCCCUGAGUUCUUAUUAUCAUCCCCCCAGGUGUUUUAAACUUCAACUCCCAGAAAUCCCAGCCAGCUUACUAGCUGUUAGGAAUUGUGGGAGUUAAAGUCCAAAACAUCUGGAGGACCUAAAUUUGUCCAUGUCUGGGUUAAUCUAUCACUGAUACCUAUCGCAGCUCCUUUUUAAAGUUUAGGGUUUUUUUUUAAAAAAAAAGAUUGCAAAAUUGGAUGGCCACUUGCAGCCAUCCAAUUUUGUGUUCAUUAUUUACUGUCUUGAAAUUUACUAUCUUGAAUCUGGUGUUCAGUAAAAAGGAGGAAACCAUGAAAAUGAACAAAUUCUGAUUACCACUAAAAACCACCAGAAUCAAGACAGUAAAUAAUGAUGAUAUUUUAUGUUGAUUUAGGAUGUUGUUCUUAUACAUUUUCCUAUGCUAUGUUUUAAUUCUAUGUUUGACCGGGCUUGUCCCCAUGUAAGCCACCCUGAGUCCCUUCAGGAAGAUGGGGGCAGCCGGGCAGGAUAAAAAAAUCACACAGUAUGUCACAGCAAACGAGAUAUAUAUGCUGGAUUUCGUAUAACAAAACCACAAGUUGAACACUUCCCAAGCGUCUAGGGCUUUGUGAUGUAUUUUCAAACGAUGCACGCAGAUCUAAGUAAGGCGACCUUUUGCAGUUGACAGAUCAUGAUUUUGUCAAUGUUUAUUUUUUUCCAAAUGCCGGCUGAGAUCUUUUGGAAUGGCACCCAGUGUGUCGAUUACCCCUGGGACCACCCGCACUGGUUUAUGCCAGAGACUUUGCAAUUCGAUUUUGAGGUCCUGAUAACGGCUGAGUUUUUCUGUUGUUUUUCCUCAAUGCAACUGUCACCUGGUAUGGCGCCAUCAAUAAUCCAAACUUUUUUUCUUUUCCACAGUCGUGAUAUCUGGCGCAUUGUGUUCCAAAUUUUAUCAGUCUGAAUUUGAAAGUCCCACAGUAUUUUUGUGUGUUGGUUAUUAUUAUUAUUAUUAUUAUUAUUAUUAUUAUUAUUAUUAUUGAUAACCAUUCAGAAGUUAUCAAGGGCCAGUUAAUGUUGGUUAAUUGUGAUAAAUUUCCUUCCUUAUCUCAAUCUCCUUUGACCUUUUAAGCAUCUGCCUGAAGGCACGAAUACCUCCGGACUCCUUAAUUCAACUUUCAACAAAAGUGGCACUUGUCUUUAUUGGUAAAUACACACUAUAUACGUAAUAUAACUUUCAAUCAUGUCCGUUCACAUCUCAACAUACCGCAAGAAGCACAUUCCAAUCUUAUCUACCCUUCUUCAUUGAGUCAGCACAGGAACCUCCGAAAGUUACACUCUAGAAAUACUUCACAACUCUAUGUAUUAACUCAUACAUUACUGAAACCACGCAUCGUAUAAAACCAUAUACUGACAGUUAACACCUCCCAAACAGGGGAUGCUUCCAGACAACAGAGGACAGGCUACUUCUAUUAAGAUGCUUUUACUGAUUGACUUUGCACCUUCAUGGUUACUCCUGCUAUUCAAGCUUGCUAAUUGCAACAUUCACACUUGCUUUAAACAGACAAGGGUUCUUCCUCCAUCCUUGACAUUCCACAGAUAUAUAUAUACAUUCCACUUGCUUUGUUGCCAACAGAACCUCUGAAGAUGCCAGCCACAGAUGCAGGCAAAAUGGCAGGAAAGUAUGCUGUUGGAACAUGGCCAUACAACAACAAAAAAAAAAAAACUCACAGCAACCCAUCCCUUUACUUGCUUUGAUGUUGGGAGUAAACACCAUAUCAUCAGUUUACAUUGAUGAACUGAUGACACUGGAAACAGCACUGGAAAGAUGCAUCAUGUUGUAUCAUGAGUAUUUCCAGAAAUCUCUUAAGGAUAAAACACAGAGUGAUUUUUUUUUGCGUCAAGAACUGAGUUUUCUUAUAUAUUGCCAAACAAGUCUAGUUUUCCUCUUAUUGUUGCUUAGUACAACAUUCUAAUGUGUAAUUUCUUACAUAGUUUCCAGAAAAAAGGCGUGAUAAAUUGAGAGCUGUCAGAUCUUAUGGGAGAACAAGAGGACAUUUCUACCAAUUCCUUCCAGUUCAAAGUUGUAUCUGUAAGAGCCAAUAUGAAUCCUAGAAGCAAGAAGAAGCAUCCUAAUAAAAAGAAGAAUUCUGUUAAAAAAAGGACCAGUGAUGGAAAUAUCGUUCCUUUUCUGAAGCAUUGUAAUGAUGGAUCUGAGCCCAGUUCAAGUAUCAAAAUAGUGAAAAGACGACAUCCUAUGACAGAAAUUGGGAAUCAUCCUGAAGGGCAGACUCCAGCAAACAUUGAGAAUACAACAGAUGAAGAGCGAGAAUUCACUGUGAAUUUGGGAGAUAGUGGAAAGGAGCAUGUGGUGAAAGGCACGAUCCACAAUAGCCUGCUUACUGCCCUCAAGGCUUCUGAAGAUAUUAAGACUUACAUGCAAAAAAAGAAGGGCAAGAUGUACUUGAUAGGGAAGAAAGGGAUUGAGGGUUGUGUUAAUUUGUGGAUGCCUAUAAAAUAUGUGCCUGGUGGCUCCCAAUUUGAAAUGAAAUUUUACAGAAGUAAGCAAACUAAGAGCCCUGUUGAACUGGAAUACAGACAAGAUGAAAUGAAGAGCAAGGAAUGUGUCUUGUUCUUUGUUGCUCCAAAUGCAUAUAAAUUUGAAACCAAUGAGCCACUAAGUGAUAAGGUAAUUCGAUGUAACCAGCUUCUUAAAGAACAUUGCAAUCUAUGUGUCUUUGCUCCAAAAGAAGAACACAUAAAGGAUGCCAUAUGUAAAGAUGGCCGCUUUACGCCUCUUCUAAAAGAAAGAGAUUGGGUGCUAAUGGAGAAUAAAAUGUCCAUACCAAGCAGCCACCCAGUGAAUUCAUUAUCUAACAGGACCUUUACGAUUCAUGUAAAGACUGAGAGACGGGUCAGUGCUACUAAGGGUCCAAAUAAUGAACAGAUCCUUCCAGUUUCUCAAGCAGCACAACUCAAAGUUUUGUAUUUUUUUAAAUCUAAUCUCCUAAACACAUAUCCUGAUCUGGAGAAACAGAGCCAAUUAAUCAUUACCUUCUUUCAAAAUCACAAGAAGCAACUUCGAGUGUGCAAAGAAGACUUUGCUAAGGGGAAAAAUACCUCAAUUCCAGUUAAACUGGAAAGGCUCCAUGUUCAUUUCAGUAAUUCAGUUGGGUAUAUAGAGUGGGGCAAUAUUGCAAAGGAGGGCUCUGCUACUUGUUUUGUCUUGUGUGGCAAGUACAUACUCACCUGCCACCAUGUGAUAAAGUUGAUAGUUGGAGAAGGUGUGGAAGAAAAAGACUGGGCGCUCAAAAUAAGCCAGUUAGCUCGUGUGACUUUCUCUUAUGAAAAUUCACACCCUGAUCCUGAUAACUGGUUUGCACUUGAAAACUGGUUUCAAAUAUCAGACAACGAUCUUGAUUUUGCUGUCCUGAAACUGAAAGAAAAUGGAAACAAAAGUUCACUUCCUGACAGCUUGGUGCAGUUCAUCUUCCCUCCACCAUGCAAUGGUCUUAUUGAUAUCAUUGGUCAUCCAGAUGGAGAAGCAAAGCGGACAGAUGCCUGUUCUGUUAUCAAUGUGUAUGAACGCAAAGAAGAGAGUACUCGUCGCUUACAGCAGGGACAGUUGACACAAUGCAACUACUUCCAGUGUGAAAUUGAUGCCAAGGGUAUAAAUUGUAUCCAUGUGUACAAUCCUAGAGAUUUCCCAGAAAUCACUGAUAAUCACAAUGCAGUCACCUAUGACACCUCUUUCUUCCAUGGCUCUUCAGGCUCACCUGUGUUUGACAGAAAUGGACGCUUAGUUGCAAUGCAUACUGCAGGAUAUCUUUAUGGAGGAAAGUAUAAAAAGAAGAGCAUAAUUGAAUUUGGCUAUUCAAUGAAGUCAAUCCUCACAGUAAUCGAAAAGAAGCAUAAAUCUUGGUAUGACUCUGAAAUUUGUCCUUUUCUACAGACAGGUUUUGAUGUUGAAAUGACUACUGUUGGUGCGGACCCUACAGAUGUGGAAAUGCAACCAGUUGAUUUGCUCAAUCCCAUUUAGCAAAAUAAUGGGAUAUUUUUACUUUAAAAAAUAAUUCAAACUAUUACACAUAGUACAAUUACAUUAUAAGAUUUCCAGCUAAAAAUUGUGAUAUUCUAAUAUUAGGAAUUAGCACAAAAUCAUUUCUCAUAAUUUUCAAUAAAAUCAGAUCCAAAUAUAAA